UCUGAGAGUUCCACUGAAAGCCCUCACGCGGAGAUGUCAUCUCUUAAGGAAAAGCUUCAUAUGGCUUUGGCAUGUAUCCAGAGUAAAAGAAUAUGUAAAGCCGUGAAAACGGAAUACAUUGCAUGUCUUCGGUCUUCCGUGACGUUGCGAUGUGAAGUUCAACAUGUAAAUAAUGCAGAAUGGAAGCGCCUCAACGAUACUAAGCCAGCAACAUUUGAAAAUAAACACGCUUUGCUCAAGAUAGAAUCAAUGGACAAAGAAUCCGAGGGAGAGUACUUCUGCCAAGCUUCGUUGAAGUUUUUUCGUUCAAAAAGUGAUCCCAUCACAUUACGCAUUCUAGAGCCGAUACCACGACUAGAGUUUGAAGACGACAGAGUUAAACUCCCUUGGAAUACAACACAAGCCAAAUCGUAUAAAUGGACAUACAUCGGAGAAGGUAAUGGCCCAGAUAAAGACCUCGCAGACGUGGACGUGGACGUGGACGUGGAUGAUCAAAAUACAUGCACACUCACAAUUAAAAACUACAAAAAAACCGACACUGGCACAUACAUAUGCAGAGAUAAGGAGACGGACGAACAACUGGCAGCGUACAGUCUGAAAACGAAGUACAACGUGAUAGUUGAUUUGGAGUAUCUGCACGAACCUGUAGAUGAAGAGUUUAGAAACAAACUCAUUGACAACACAGAGCGGUUACUCCAAACACUACCUUCCCAUGUAGUGAAGAUCCAAACACCAGAACAACGUUCAAAAGACACCUCUCAUCGGUCAUAUAAAAUGGAAGUUGUCGCAUAUUUUACCCAACAGAGAAAUACAGCUGAAUUAAAAACAAUGGAAAAUCGUGAUAAAGCAGGUGUUUGCAUCUUGUUUCUCAACGAUAACAUUUCUAUCCCAAAUAUAUCCUUCAGUAAGAAACACAUCGCCAUUAGUUUUAGAACAUAUCCUAACAAUGUGAAAUGCUCUUUCUAUGAUGAAUGUCACAAGAAUUAUUGGAACCAACUCUUAAUGGAAUGUACGGGUAACAGACAAGAUUCUGGUACUGCAAAAGACAAAAAACAAGGGUCUGCAACUGCGGAAAUCGAACAAGAGUCUGAAUUUGCAGAAACAAGGUAAACGUCUGAAGUUACAGAUAACGAUCAAGGGACAGAGGGUUAAUAGUAAUAAUAACAAGCCAGUAGAAUUAUGUUUCACAUAAUUGUUUUCCUUUGUAAGAAAACAUGCAGGAUUAGAAAUAAAAAAACAACCAAAUGAAAGUCUUGACAUUGACAUUGACAUCUCAACAUAAACAAGAUAAGCAAUUCUUGCACCUCAGACAUACCCCAUACUGAAUUAUUCGAUCUCGUCCGUUCUGUCUGGUUCCUUUUCGUGAUAUUUCGCGGAGUUUUUACUCUGCGAAGUAUUUAUCCGCGCGUUAACGGCUUGAAAUUGACAAUCUGCAUUAUAAAUAUUCUGUUUUGUCAUCUUAAUUGUUAUGACGGACACAAUUUUGACGUAGCUUUGGAAGUGUAGAAGCCAUUUUUAUUUAAGUCCCUAGAUAGUAUACCUAUAGUCUUUAGCAAAAUUCAAUAGCUAUUUUUAUACGCCCAUCAAAUUUGACGAUAGUAUUAUGGUAUGGCGUCGUCUGUCCGUCCGUCCGGCGUAAAAUUUUGUACGUCCGGCAAUUUCCUCCUACAUUUUCGACCGAUCUCUUUG